CAUCAAGUUGACGUUUAAUUCGGUUAAUUAAUACCAUCUUUUGUUUUAUUACGAAAAAUCAAUUGAAUUAAGUUUAAUUUGUAUUGCAUUCUUUCGCAUAGAUAUGUUUAAACAUCUCAUAAAAUGGCCGUAGUAAAAACCCCAGUGCUCAAAGUAAUUUUAUGUGGCGAAUACGGUGUUGGAAAAAGUUCAAUUUUCCGUCGUUUCAUCAAUAAUACCUUUGUUCCAAACUCAGAUAGGCGAUCGACAUUAGGAUUAGACCACUUUGAAAAGUUAUAUAAAAUUGGAGACAAGGACGUCAAGUUACAAUUAUGGGAUACUGGAGGAAUGGAGAGGAUCGCUUCUGUUACAUCUAGUUACUACAAAUUUGCUGAAGCAGCAAUUUUAGUGUUUUCUUUAGAUAACUCUUCAUCAUUUCACGUGCUAAGUCAACAUCUGUUAGACAUUGUUACUUAUGCUGAGAAUGCCAAAAUAUUUUUAUGCGGAAACAAAUCAGACUUAGAAGGCACCUCUCCACAAGUAACUGACGCUGAUAUUGAAACAUUUUGCGAACAAUGCCAUAAUCUUAUCAACACAACCUACAAAACAUCAUGCAAGACAGGUAAAGGAUUAGAAGAAAUGUUUUCUGAUAUUGCUUUACAGCUGGUGGAGUCAAAUCGAUCAAGAAUUGAAUUGCAAACUUUAGAUCACAAUAGUUUUAAGAUAUCUAAUCCUGAACCCAUAGAAGAACCAUCAUGUAGCUGUUAAUGUUUUUUAAUUGCUUGACAUGUGAUAACAUUAAAGAGUCAAAAGAUUCAAAAUGUUAAUAAGUUAUUUAUAAAAAUCUCAAACAUACUUCUUUACUAAAUAUAGACUGCUAACAAAUUUAUUGGGAUUGUCAUUAAUAAGAUUACACUAUAGUUAUAUCUAAGAAGCUUUAAAUUAUGGCCAGAUAUUUUUACUACAUUACUAUAUUUUGUAAAUCGUUGUUUAAUAUUUAUUUUAUGAGUAUAAUAGUUAUUUCAAUAAAUACAAUAUGAAAGGAUUUUACUAAAUUCUAAAUAUGUGAGGGCUUAGAUAA